CUCAUUUCCCCCAAUAAACCCUCCAAAACCUCCCGCCUCUCUCUGCCAUGGCGAACGCCGCCCGAUCGCUCGCCGGCGUCGAGGUUCCCAUACCCGGAGCUGACAAGAUCCGAUGGACCGAGCUCUCCAUCCCAUCAUCUACUCCCUCUUCCUCUCCCCAACCCCUCCCCGUAGCCCCCUUUCGUGAUGCCGCUGGUUGCCACUCCAUCCCUGGGGAUCCUCCUGUCUAUCUCAUCUGGAGAAUUCAUAAGGAGGCGCCAAACGUUCUUGAAUUGUUUGAGCUUUGCCCUUGUCAAGAGUUGCCUGAGACCGGGUUGCGUCUUGUGUUCGAUAAUGCAUUGCAUCCGUUUUCCUUUUUAUGCAAAAACGAGAUUCAGGGAGCGUCUGGCAGUCUUUAUUUAGUAUAUGUAUUGACAGUUUCAGGGCUUGUUUAUCUUAUAAACCUGAGAAGCCCCUCCACUUAUCAUUCUGGUUCUAUUUUGAAUCAAAACGAGCUCAUAGAGCUGAAUGUGCAAGCUCAAGUAGAAACAGGGAAAAUAAGAGCGGUGGCAGCAACAUCAGGGUGUGUAGCCAUCGGGCGACAAGAUGGAUCUAUUAGUUGUUAUAAACUCGGAUCAUCAGAUCCAAACUCAGCAGGUUUUGUAAAUGAGUUGCGGGAUGAUGGAGGCAUAGGCCGAUUAUGGAAUCUCAUGUCUAGGGGAAAGGCCGCUGGCUCUGUGCUAGAUAUGGUACUAUCUCAAGUGUGGGGGAGAAAGCUGGUAUUUGUUGUGCAUUCUGAUGGGGCCUUACGGGUUUGGGAUCUUGUAAGUCACACCAGGGUUCUCAAUCAUAACAUCAGUUCACAUGAACUAUCAGGAUCAACUCCAUUAAGGCUCUGGAUUGGUGACACAACCUCUGAUACUAAUAAGUUAACUUUGGCUGUUCUCCAUGGUGGCUUUAGGGACAAUGUGCAAGAUGCAGAUGUGGAGACAAUUGCUGUAUAUACCCUUACUUUUGGGAGUGGGGACAAGGUUAUGUUGUUACCAGAGACCUCACUGCCUAGUAUCUCGUUUAAGGAGGGAAGACUUAUUGAUGUGAAGAUUGUUUCUAACAAGAUCUGGAUACUUAAAGAAGAUGAAUCAAGCCUAUACGAUUUAAUUCAACUUGAUUGUCAAAUGAAAGACACAUGUAGCUAUGGGUUGCAAGAAGACUUCAUCGCUGACCAGCUAUUUCAAAGUUCUGAACAUGCUUUGGAUGAUCUGAUAUGGAACAAUAAUUCUAUAUUUUCCACAAUGAAGCACCAAACUGCUUAUUUUGUCUCAUCAAUUUUUCUGCGGAGAUUGCUCCAACCUGGGGUUUAUCAAAAGGAUGCUUUACGUGCAACAGUAAUGGGUCACAAGAAGUAUCUCUCAGAUCAUGAGUUUCAGUCUCUCAGUGUUAUUGGGUUAAAGAAGGAAAUUUUGACAGCCAUUGAACUUGAGGGAGUUGCUGCAAAUUCAAAUUCCACAAUUUAUUACUGGAAAAAUUUUUGUGCUCACUUUUUUCGCCAUUGGUGUCAAAAUUGUACUCCUUAUGCUUUGCUUGUUGAUCCUUCAACUGGGGCAAUUGGUCUGAUCAGGAAGAGCUCAGUUUCUCUAUUUCGAUCUUUGGAUGGCAUUGAGCAACUUAUCUAUGGGACUUCUGACGAACAUGAUUUGAGAAGCUCUGGGUUGUUCUUCACAGACAGUGAUGUUGGGUGUGAAAUCCUUUAUGUAGGUUUGCUGGAGAUUGCAUGGGCAUUAUCAGUCAUCAGCUAG